AAAAUGAACUUGGAGUUGCUUGAAUCGUUCGGACAAAAUUACCCCGAGGAUUUUGAUGGGGUUCUUGAUUGCGUCAGUAUGGCCGUCACAUGCGUGUUUAACAAGCGUGGGACACUACUGGCUAUAGGAUGCAAUGACGGACGCAUCGUAAUCUGGGAUUUCCUGACUCGGGGUAUUGCCAAAGUCAUCAGUGCACAUAUACAUCCUGUCUGUUCUCUAUGUUGGAAUAGAUCAGGUCAUAAAAUUUUGAGUGCCUCGACUGAUUGUAUGGUGUCAAUUUGGGAUGUCUUAUCUGGAGAAUGCGAUCAAUCUUAUAGAUUUCCAUCUCCAGUUUUAAAAGUUCAAUUCCAUCCUAGAGAUAGUAAUCAGUUCUUAGUUGUUCCUAUGAAACAUGCCGCUGUACUUAUGGCGUUGGAUGGUAAACAUAGGCUUGUGCCCAUCGAUGAAGAGGGUGAUAUGAACAUUUGUGCUUCAUUUGACAGAAGAGGGAAACAUAUUUUUACUGGAAAUGCAAAGGGAAAAAUCCUAGUGGCAGAUACAAAAACAUUGGAGCUAGUUGCAUCGUUCAGAGUCUCAACAACAGCCUCAAGUACGACGUCACUCAAGUCUAUAGAAUUUUCUAGAAGGGGAAAUUGCUUCCUAGUGAACUCAGCAGAUAGGAUGGUGAGAGUGUAUGACAGUGAUGAGGUAAUAGCUUGUGGAAUCAACGGAGAACCUGAACCAAUUCAAAAACUUCAAGAUCUCGUUAAUAGAUCUCUCUGGAAGAAGUGUUGUUUCUCUGGAGAUGGUGAGUACAUCGUGGCCGGUUCCUCUCGACAGCAUUCCCUGUACAUCUGGGAGAAAGUCAGUGGUAACCUCGUUAAAUUCUUGCUAGGAACGAAAGGAGAAAUGCUAUUGGAUGUCGUGUGGCAUCCAGUCCGGCCCAUCAUAGCCUCAAUAUCCAGUGGUGUUGUCUCCAUCUGGAGUCAGAAUCAAGUGGAAAACUGGAGUGCAUUUGCUCCGGACUUCAAAGAGCUGGACGAAAACGUUGAAUACGAGGAGAGGGAGUCGGAGUUCGACCUUGACGACGAGGAUAAGGAAGUUCAGGAGGUCAAAGCUGUAGGGCCAGUGGAGGAGAAUGUUGAUGUGGAUGUUACGACCGUCGAUGCAAUAGCUGCCUUCGUGAGCAGCGAUGAAGAUGAGGAUGAUGAGGACAGAGCACUUUUGUACCUCCCCAUUGCACCUGAGGUCGAAGACGCCGAGGAAUCUUGGGGAGACAACAACACUCCGACUCCAGAGAAGCGAAGAUCUUCCGGAUCAGCUGCCGGAAAUCCCAGCCGGGAUUCUCCACCGAAGAAAAAGAAAUCGAAAGUGCUCGAUAUCGAUCUCCCUGAUGCUCCUAUUGACGAGGUGCAUCCAUUUUUUAACGCCAAAAAACCUCAACCCGACAAAUCAUCCGGUCCUAAAAGGUCAGUAGGUAAGCCUCCCAAAAGUUCAAAAGGUCAACAGGGCACUAAAAGUGAAUCUAAGUCACGUGGUGGACAAAGCGGAAAAGGAAAUAUUAAUAAUAAUAAUAAUGGUGGUGGUGGAGAUUACUAUAAAGAGAAUGCUUAUUAAUUAAUUGAUUUGUUUGUUGAUUGAUUGAUUGAUUGACUGUUGCACGGCUGCUUGGUUUACUGGCUGAUUGAUUGAGAUGGAUGAUGACGUUUACAACUGACUAAUUGACUCCAAAAAAGAGUUAGAUCAUCAUUUCAGAAUUUUUUAUUCUCUGCCCACGCUGGAAGUGCCAUGCUUUUAUAACCUUCCAGACAGUUCAAUAUAAAAUGUAUAAAAGAAAAACGAUUUUCAUUCGUACAAUAAUUUUAUAUUUCCUUCAUUCGUUCUAUCAGUUUUUAGAGUGAAUAAAUAUGAAGCCGUACUACGAAUAGAGUUCUGCUUCCUUUA